AUGAAGAGCUUUAAAGUCAACUACAACCACUGUUCUUCACAUUUUGGCAUUGAAAAUGGUGUACGACAAGGGAGCGUUUUGUCUCCAUCUCUGUUCAAUCUCUAUAUAGAUGAUCUUUUGAUACAGCUUAGCUUUUCUGGUCUUGGAGCUAGAAUAGCAGAUCUAUACCUCGGGUGCUUGACUUACGCAGACGACAUAACACUAGUGUCCCCAAAUGUUGCUGGAUUACAACAAAUGUUAGAUAUAUGUACUACGUAUGGAAAUGAGCAUCAUCUGAUAUACAGCACCAAGAAGAGUGUCGUGAUUACAUUCAAACAGAGACGAUGGAAACACUCUAGUGAAUUAGAUGUCUUUCCCUAUGGCAAUAGAUUACCAAACAAGGAGUUGAUAACACAUUUGGGCGUUGUCAUGAAUGGUUGCUGUGUGGUACAGACCACAUUGGAGGCUAGAAAAAGAAACUUUUAUGCUGCUGUGAAUGGUGUCAUUAGCCGACUUGGUGGAAGUUGUCCAAAAGAUAGUGUAUGGAUGACAAUCAUGGAAAGUCAACUAUUUCCAGUUCUUGCAUAUGGAAGUCAUUUGUGGAAUUUUGAACGAAGUAUAGUAGAGACGUCUGUUAACAAAGCGUAUCGAAAAGGUAUUCGUCGUGGGCUUUGUAUAAGACAGAGACUCUAUAGUGGAAAGAAGUCCACAAUUUGUUGA